UAAACUCGACGCUUAAAACCAAACUAUUUAUACCGGCGGGCAAUUGAAAACAAUUAGCCAAAGCUGGAAUGUUAUGUUAUUUUACGUUCUUCUGAUACAUUUUCUACAAUGAGCAGCCGUAAAAGUAGACUCAGUUUAUCGAAAGAUCUACACAAGGAUAAAAAUGUGAAAACUCCGAAUGCACGACGGUCAUCCACACGCACCCCAAAGGACAAGAAGAGCCCGGAUUCGCAGAGGCAUGAUGAAAGUUAUGAAGUGUCCCCAUCGCAAAGCAGUGACUAUUCGCCCAUGGUAUCGUUAACGCAGGACAAUUCGUUUCACGCCAUCAACGGUGUGUCGUGGGAAUGGAACAGCCCACAGCGGCUGCGAGAUCAGCAGCCACUAAAGAUCACCGCGGCCAACAACUACUACAAACCUCCACUCAGGCCAAAAUAUUCCGAUGUACCUGAUACUGCGCCGACCAAAAAACCGACCGGAUUUAACAAGUUCAUCUCGAAGCUAAAUCUGCUGAUGGAAAAGGAGAAUGUGGCGGAACAGUUGAAUACAGCCGUAUCGGAACCAAGCCAACAAUCCGAGCUUCCAAGUGAACAAUUGAACACAGCCAUAUCUGAACCGAUUCAAUAUUCUGAGCUUCCUGAUGAAUCAUGUUACAUCGAUGAGUUUUUCGUUGAAAGCGAUAUAAAGCAAAGCGUAGCAACCACUAAAAGUGAGGACAGUGACGAUGAUAUCUUCCAAGAACACGCAAUUGAAACUCCCGUUAAACGGAGCGCCCCAACCGGGACGGAGCUGGAUGAUUCGAAGCUGGAUUUCUUGUUGAUUGAAGCAAGUCAAACAAUGGAGCAUAAUAUGAACAAACCACCGUCUCCACCACCACGGCCAUUAAUGCCGCCAGCGCCGCAACCACAACCGGAAUCUGUUCCGAGAGCAAAAGAAAUCUCACACCAUUUUACUAUUCCGAUAGAGAUGAAUGAUUCGGACAUGGAUGGGUUUCUGGUACAGGCAUCACUGAUGGCUGAAGAAAAGCUUAGCGAUAGUUCGCAGGAAUCAAGUUCGAACGUUCAACAAACGGCGAACCGUCCGAAAGCUGAUAGUAUCAGCUAUGCUUCAUUAUCCGUUCCGGUUCCGCCGAAUGAUAUCGAUAAAAGAGACACAAUACGUUCAACCUCUGCUAGUGAAGGCACGGGCGAACCUGCGAUGUCUCAGGAAGAGCUGAAGGCAUUGAUCGAAAAGAAGCGACAGGAAGCGCUGCGACGAUUGCAAAACAAUCGAUUGAAAAGGGGUAUAAAAGGCACCAACUCGCAUGGAUAGCAGUGAUCGAAUGAUGCAGGAUUUUUUAAAACAUUUGUUAUAAACAAUGAUAAAGUAUUAAAUAACCAACAACACACACAAA